AUGUCGUCAGGACUGGCCUCUGAUGAAGUCGCUGAGGAUUACAAGAACUCAUUGGAAGAUCUAACAACGAAUGACAGGUUCCAGAUCAGCAAUUUAACGGUUAUAGCCAAGGAGAAUACUGAGCAUGCCAUGGCCAUCUCCCGAGUGCUGGAGAACCAUAUCCGAACAACACCGCCGGCCCAGAAGUUACCCGCCUUGUAUGUAGUCGACUCAAUUGUCAAGAAUGUAGGGACGCCCUACACGCUUUUCCUGGGUCGCAAUAUGUACCAGACAUUCAUGAACGCAUAUACUUUAGUCGACUCGCAAACUCGCAGGAAACUGGACGAGAUGCUCAAAACAUGGAAGGAGCCGGUCCCCGGUUCUCUGGACACGAGGCCAGUCUUCCCCCCUGAAAUCACUCGCAGCAUCGAGAGCGCCCUUAUCAAGGCGAGGACAGCCGCUCUUCAGCAGCAGCAGGCGAGGAGCCAACAGGAAGUUCUUUCUCGUGGCCGGGUGGGAACCCCCCCAGGCUGGGGCAACAACAACCCUACCCCUCAGAACUCUUCUCGUUAUCCACCAUCUACGAAUUCGACGCCACCUAUGCUAUACCACAGGAACGGGUCCGGUCAUGGAUUGCCAGCGGACCCGCGAUCAACCCCAACGCCUCAGCAACAGCCGCAACAGCAACAACGGCAGCAACAGGAUAUAGACCUCUCAGCUUUGAAUCGGGAUAUAGAGGCCUUGAUCACAGCUGCCCGAAGUGAUUUUGCAAACAAUCCUCUCGACCCUUCCAUACAGCAGCGGUUAAAGGCUCUCCUAGACCUUCAGGGUAUUCUGCAGCGCCAGGAGCUUACCCAGGAGCAAUUGAAGCUUGUGCGCGAUCAGGUGUCUGCGCUAGCUCCAAAGUCCUCUAUUGCAGUUCCUUCAACUGUUUCCUCUGCUAUUCCAAUUGUGUCAGCGCCACCCAUGCCAAUUCCGCCUGUCCAGACCAUCUCCCAGCCUCUCCAGCAGCUUUUGAACACAGGGACACUUGCUGAGCUCAUCAAAACUACUGCUGCAUGCCAGCAGCCUACGCCACCGCCCCGGGUUCAGAGCAUCAUGCCUCAAGCACCGAGCAGUGCGACGCCGCAGCCCACUAUGCCCUCAAACCCACUAAUUGCAGCUCUUAGAGCACGGGGCCUCUUACCUCCUGCUUCUGCACCCCCAGCGACGUCCACUACGCCAACCUCAAACCUCACCUCGGUAUUUCCAUUCAUUGUGCCAGGCCAGGUGCGGUAUACCCCCCCUGUGCCGACGCCCCAAGCAGGUGAUACUUCAAAUGUGCAAAUCAAUGUUCAAAUGAACACAGCCUCUAUCAAAAUACCACGAAUUGCAUUGAUAGCUACUCUUUACGAAUCAAAGCCCAAUCGUUGUGGCACUUGUGGACGUCGGUUCUUUGCGACGGAGGAUGGGAAAGAAAAGAAGGCGCGUCACCUAGAUUGGCACUUCCGAACUAAUCAGCGGAUGACGGAGGCCGCCAGACGGGCCCAGAACCGCAGCUGGUACGUUGACGAACGGGAUUGGAUCAAAUCCCGGGAGGUAGGCGAUGAUGAAGGUCUCGUGGAUACGGAGGCGUCUGGUGAGGGUGCAACUGGAGGUGAUGGUGGUUCCGCAAAGAAUGGGCCACCGAAGCAAUGGAUACGCGCUCCUAACGAUGCCACAUUACGGAACACCCCCUGUCCCAUUUGCCAAGAAAAAUUCGAGUCGACAUGGUCUGAGGAUGUCCAAGACUGGAUAUGGCAAGAUGCCAUCAAGGUUGGGAAUCGCGUGUACCAUGGUAGUUGCUAUGCAGAGGUGACCAAAGAUGGAUCCACGCCAGCUCAUCGAGGGCCUCCUUCGGGACGGACUGGGACUCCAGACUCUAUAUUGGGUAAACGCAAGGCGGAGGGAACCGACUCUCCAGGCCAAAAUGUCCGGGUCAAGAUAGAGCCAAUGUGAGGUGAGGGUUUUCGUCUGGAUUGUUGAGGAGAACUAGUUAGUACUUUCUAACUUCGUUC